UACAACUUAAGAUGUAAUCUCCAAACUUCGAAACGGAAACAGGUUGCCAUUUCUCAAUAACCUCUCUUUGUCUUUAAACAGAACAGUUAUGGAAAACUCUUCGAUUCAGGAUAAGUGUUCAAUCACCUCAUUGCUUUCUGACGGAUCAAAAAGAAGAGAUCCUGAACAGCUCUUACAGGAUAUUGAAUCAAUCAAAUUGUCCCUUAAUCAAAUGUUGGAUCUUCUACGCACGACACCAGAUUUCCACUCUGAAGAUCUCAACGAUGAGCUGUCAAUAAUCAUGGAGCGACUUAUUGAUGUUCAAUCCCAGCAAACUGAUUUAUUAGAGGAGCACAGGGAUUACUUCAUUGACGUAGAUGCCCAAGCAAGAAAAUUGUUGCUUCUUGUAAAGGAGGCAAAGUUCUUGAAUGAUGAAACUAACAGAUUUUUAAGACAUCUUAGUUCUACUUCUGAUUCUGAUUCCAUGCUGUUUAAAAUUGUUACUCAGGACAUGAUGAACAAAAAUGGUUCGUUCAUCGGGAAACGCAAAAGACUUGAAAGAUCCAAAGUCGCAGUGCUUGAGCAAUGGUACUCCAAAAACUGUGACCGACCAUAUCUCAGUGAUUCCAUGUUAUUGUCCCUGAUGGGCGAAACAGGUCUUUCGAAGAUUCAAAUCAAGAACUGGCUUUCUAAUAAGAGACGAAAAGAACGAGGCGGCCUUGUCUCAAAUGAGUUAUGUGAUCUCUUAGAUGAGUCAUCACCAUGAAAGAUCACUAUUUCUAUGUAUUACUUUUUCAAUGGAAUAUCACUUUUAUUACACUGAUCACUGGCUAGAGAGAAGAGUCAAUUCAUGAACUGGUAGAAAACUGAGAUGACUAGCUAUUACUAUGAUUAUAUGUUCCCAUUUCUGAUCAAUUUCAGACCUUAA